AUGUCUUUUUUGUCAUUCGAAUACAUAGCCGUUUCUAUAACUUAUCAUCUUUACACAUUUCUACGUCAUUAUUACACACACGCAUACGUACAUAUCUCAUGUCCACUUUAUAUCACACACAUCUUCCUGUCUCUGUUUGACACGCACUUUCUAUCGAUUUCUCUUCCCUACCGUCUUCUCUAUCUUCCUUUCCUAGAAAUAUAUUUGUUUCUUUCAAUAAAACAAGCUUCUCUCUUCUUACACAUUCUCAAGAAUUUUCUCUAUCUUUCAUACGCAUUUUUCCCUUCCUCUACAAUCAACGUCAAUCUUUCUCUCUCUCUCCCUCUUUUCCAGACACCUUUCUUUCUCUCUCUCUCUUCCAGACGCCUUUCUUUCUCCCUCUCUCCCUCUCUUUCAGACGUCUUUCUUUCUCCCUCUCUCCCUCUCUUUCAGACGCCUUUCUUUCUCUCUCUCUCUUUCAGACGCCUUUCUUUCUCUCUCUCUCCCUCUCUUCCAGACGCCUUUCUCUCUUUCUCUUCCAGACGCCUUUCUUUCUCUCUCUCACCAUCUCUUCCAGACGCCUUUCUUUCUUUCUUUCUUUCUUUCUUUCUUUCUUUCUUUCUUUCUUUCUUUCUUUCAGACACGCCUUUCUUUCUUUCUUUCUUUCUUUCUUUCUCCCUCUCUUCCAGACGCUUUCUUUCUUUCUCUCUCUCUCUGUUCAGACGCCUUUUUUCUCUCUCUCUUUCAGACGCCUUUCUUUCUCUCUCUCUCUUUCAGACGCCUUUCUUUCUCUCUCUCUCUUUCAGGCGCCUUUCUUUCUCUCUCUCUCUUUCAGACGCCUUUCUUUCUCUCUCUCUCUCCAUCUCUUCCAGACGCCUUUCUUUCUUUCUUUCUUUCUUUCUUUCUUUCUUUCUUUCUUUCUUUUUUCUUUCUUUCAGACGCCUUUCUUUCUCUCUCUCUCUCUCUUCCAGACGCCUUUCUUUUUCUCUCUCUCCCACUCUCUUUCAGACGCCUUUCUCUCUCUCCCUCUCUUCCAGACGCCUUUCUUUCUCUCUCCCUCUCUUCCAGACGCCAUUCUCUCUCUCUCCCUCUCUUCCAGACGCCUUUUUUUCUCUCUCUUUCCCUCUCUUCCAGACGCCUUUCUUUCUCUCUCCCUCUCUUCCAGACGCCUUUCUUUCUUUCUUUCCUUUUUCUUCUCUCUCUCCCUCUCUUCCAGACGCCUUUCUUUUUUCUCUCUCUCCCUCUCUUCCAGACUCUUUCUUUUUUCUUUCUCUCUUCCAGACGCCUUUCUUUCUUUCUUUCUUUCUUUCUUUCUUUCUUUCUUUCUUUUCUUUCUUUCUUUCCAGACGCCUUUCUUUCUUUCUCUCUCUCCUCUCUUCCAUGCGUCUUUCUAUCUCUCCUCUCUUCCAUUUCUCUAUCUGUCUCUCCCCACCCCACGCCUUUCUUUCUCUCUCUCGCCUUCCAGACGCCUUUCUUUCUCUUUCCUACUCCCUUUUCUUUUAUAUAGUCGCCUUCUUUUUCUUAUAUCUUCUACAUCUUUCCGUUUUUCUAAUGGACAUAUCCCUUUCUAUUGCUUUUCUUUGUACAUUUUCUGUUUUUCGUUAUUGA